GUACCUGAGGGCGUGCCAUGAAACUGUCAUUAACUAACAAGCGAUUUAUCUAUCUUCGAUGUGAUUUGUUUUCGAGAACGUACACAAAAUUAUAAUCUCUAAGUUCGGUUUUAGUCCUCUUGAAUGUUAGUCUACUUGUAAUAGUUUCUUUCACGCAAAACAUGGACCCACUAAAAAUUUCAGCAACAUUGGUGCUGGUAUUCUCAUUGUUCAACAUUUGUUCUGCACAUGAAUGCUACGUGUGUUCUAAUCAAACGGGUAAUACGGAAAAAUGUCUCAACACGAUCAAAACUUGUGCUCAGGGAGAGGAAGCUUGUUUAACAGAGAUCCGAUGGGGAAGUAUGCCUUACUUUUCUCUUGGAGCACUGAAACAGUUUUACGUUUCAAAACGCUGUGCUUCGAAAGAAGUGUGCAAGAAAACCCGCAGUAAAUAUAUGAAAUAUUGCACCCAUAUCUGGUAUGAAGACUGGUCAUGUGCGGAGUGUUGCUUAGGAGAUCGUUGCAAUUACUACGUUAUUAGCGGAGCACCUCCGCACACGAUGUCAAUGUUCUUGUUCGUGUCAACAAUGCUGAGUCUACUGAUAGCCCGACACCUUUACAAUAUGUAGACAAGUUUAGUCUGCAAGCUAUCACAUGUAGAAAAAAAAACAACCUAAGUGCCUUUAGCAAUUGUAUGUUGAAAAAUCUCAAACGUUUAACUACAUCCGUCCAGCAAGAUCUUUCUAAACUAGUACAUAAUAAUGUAAAAUCUGAUACACAUUCCAAGCAUAUAACGUUUUUUAGGAAACUGGAUAGUUUUUUAUAUAUGCGUAAUAAUUUUAGUAUUAUAUUCACAAAGAUGAAUAAAUUUUUAAUUUUAGAAUUUGAA